CCUGGGCAAUUAAUUUUAGGUUAAGGAAAACGAUUAGUAAUUUCGCAGGGAAAUUAGAAAAUGUCGCCAUCCAAGUGGAAGAUAUACACUAAUAAAUACUCGAGCUAGGGAAGUUCAAAUGUUUUUAAGAUGAGGGUUUACCAGCAGGGAAACUCCUCACCACCUCAGACCAAUAUGGGUCCUCCCAUCCAGCUGUUUUCCUAGUUGUAUGUAUACCAUUGUUUGGCAUCAGGUAGCCUAGAACACCGUCGAGGGUUGAAAAGUGUCCGAGGUCUGGUGGUCCGUGCAAAUGCAUUUCAAACUCGUCCCCUGACUGGCUUCAAUCAACUUCGGGCUCAGUUGCUCGCCAGCAUCAGGUUCACAAUGGCCUCCGAUUCCACGCUAUACUUCAGUGCCGUCGAGGAUAUGUUCAAGGAAGUGUUAACAAUAGGGGACGACGAUCGGCACCAGCAUCCUGGGAACGAGGAGUUCUCCGAAACCCCUAAACGAUGUGUGCAUUUGCGCCAGCAAAAGUUGUUCGCCAACGACUCCGCGAGUUUUGUGAUAGGUCGCCGGGCCCCGAGGACUGAUUCUAAAAUCGAUCUUAAAGGAGAUAUGUCUCCUGGAAGGCGAAGGGAACUCCGCGGCGAGGAAGUCCUCCGCAUGCGCAAGGAUCGGGCGGAGAAGGAGCGGAUGAGGCCCCAAAGACGACUUACCAUGCGGAUUUAAUACCUCCUAUCCACCGAGUUCGUUGAGCUACCCAAUCGAAGUGCUUCCCCGUUGUAUGCUUUACUUUAGGAUUUAUUUUUAAGCUCACCUAAGUAUGCCAUGUUUUGCGUGCCAAUAAAAAUUUACGUUAUUAAAAA